GUAAUGACAAAAGUGUUGGGUUGUUGGUCUGUUAGCAGCGGAGUGGGAGGAAGUGACCCGGCAAAGUGAAGGAGAAAGGACAGACUACCACCGUCAGAGAUAAUAAGAUACUAUCCCGAGAGCAGGUGAAUUUAAAAGCGUGUCCUGGGCGUUAAAAGUCUGCAUGUCGACCGUUAGUUAUUAAAUAGCGAGCAACGCGGCUACUCCUGUCUGCAGUAGGAGACACAGGGUCGCAUAUGGGCUGCCAGCCUCACCUCCGUUCAUUUUCAUAUUGGUGUGUCUCUGUGUGUGCAAACUAACAGCCAACUGGGCACUGUUCCUCCUUUCUCAUCACAGAAGCCCUGUCUCUGGAUAUUUGAGAGAUUUAAGAAUAUGGUGAUUAUUUCUGCUUGAGGACUGAAACCAACAGUUGAUGGAAAAAUGAGCAAAAAGUAUGAAUCAUCAACCGUUUCAGAGGUGGAGGAGCAUAUUUCUCUCAAGUAUGAAAUCAAGAAGAGACUUGGGAAAGGGGUAAGUGUAUUUUUUGGUCUGUUUUAGUUGUGGAUUACCUGAUAUAAAAGUUGGCUCGCCCUUUUAUAUCAUUGCUGAACUCUGUAUGACCCACGUUUGCAAAGGUUUUGUAACUAAUGCUCUUUACAGGCUGCAGCUUGCACCCCUCAUUACAUCGACCAACUCUAAACACACAGACUACAUUAAUGUUUACCACACCCCCAUUUGAACUUCAGCCCUGGAGAGAAAUGCCUAAAAUAACUCAGACUUAAGGUUCUCAGUGAAUUCCAGUGUUGUAAGCAAGAGGUUUAUUUACUUUGGCCAGACCAGUUUGCAGAUCAGCUGACGUGUGAGGACACUUGUUUCCCUCUAGAGUCCAGACCUCUUUGUUUUUCUCUCCACUGGUUUCCACCUGGUUAAAAACUGCCUGCUCCCUUUCCAUAGAUGGUCCACAGAGACUCGCAAAUUGCAGCUUUGCUCGAGAUGGCCAGGUGGUAACUGCCACGUAGACACAUCAUAUUGGCUAACUAGACAUAAUAUCUGAGGCUGGCAGGGACUCAGGUUACACAGCUGUUGAACCUGUUUACAGGUGACUGCCGUGGUCGUGUGGAGUGGUGCUGUCAGGGCCAAAGAAAAGGGUCAGCUGGAUCUUAAACAGCCUUGAAUAUACCGUGUUUUGUUUCCAAACAUUAACCACGCAGCUUCAGUUUAAUAUGACCUCAGUGGAAAAAGCAGGAGAGUCUGCAGCGUUGUAUGAAUCUGGUCUGUCACCAUAAUGAUAGUGCUCACUGUGCUUUACCACAGUGCCUGAAAGCCAUCAGAGGUUUGACGCUGAAGACACAAAGGCAGUGUCAGUUUUGUAUUAGAAAACUCCAAAGAGAUAGAAGCAGUUACGCUGAAAGAGUCCUAACAUUGCAAACAGAUUUUUGGAGCUGUUAAAUUUUGCAUUGUUUAGGCCAAGAAAAGUCAUCAUUUGCAUAAACAGAUAACAAAUACAACCUUCUUCAUUCCUGGCUCCAUCUUUUAUACCCACAGACUUAUGGAGAAAGAAUCAUUUUGAAUGAAAAAUCAAACAUAUUCUAAAAAAAAAGAAAAGAAAAUGAACAGCUGAAUUGAUAAAAAUAAUAAUAAUAAUAAUAAUAAUAAUAUUGUGACCUCAUUGUACCAACAUGGCUCAAAGUUCUGUCAUUGUUUGACCAAGUGUAGAUUAUUAAGGGCCUCCUGCAUGCAGAAAAAGAGACCAGCUGCUGUUUUAAUCUGCUUUGUGUCCAUCUCAGGCUUAUGGCAUUGUCUGGAAAGCAGUUGACCGACAGACCGGCGAGGUUGUGGCUGUGAAAAAGAUCUUUGAUGCCUUCAGGAAUAGGACAGAUGCUCAGGUAUGAACAUGCUUUGACUGAUUGUUUACUUCAGUUCUUAUUGUCACAUCUACAACCCCAAUUAUAAAAGAUUGAACUCUAUGUACAGUGUUGAAAAACAUGACAGACAUUGCCGGUUUGCAAAUAAUUUAGACCUAUAUUUGAGAAUAGAUAGCUUAUCAAAUGUUGAAACGAAUGGUUGUUGAUUUUUUUAUUAAAAUAUUUGCUCAUUAUGAAUUCGAUGCCUGUGACAGGUUAUAUAACAGUUGGGACAGGGGCAUGUUUACCGUCGUGUUGCAUCACCUCUUUUUUUAAACACACUGUGGAAAUCAGUUUAUAGUUUUGAAAGUGAAAUUAUUUUAUUCUUGCCUGUUGUAGGAUUUAACGGCUCAAAAGUAUGGGGUCUCCCUUUGUCAUAUAUUUACUUCAUGAUGUGCCGAAUGUUUACAAUAGACAGAGGCAGGUCAGAUCAGCACCCUGACAUUUCUACUGUACGCAGACAUGCUGAUGUGAUAUGCACUGAAUACAGUUUGAUAUUUUCUUGCUGAAAUCUGCAAAUCUGUUUUUAUCAACUUUUUGGGUCAAACUUUUUUGGCAUAAAUCACAUUCAAAAUGAAGUAAUGUCAAUUUUGACCUGCAAACAGUUCCAUAUAUCUGAAAAUGGAUUACUGUAAUAGUUUUCAGAAUUAAAACGUCCAUACAUGAUAAAAUGAGCAUUUGGGUGGACAUUUUGUGGCUGCAUGUUGCUUGUAGAUUCAUAUCUUAACUGUUAUUAUCUCUUCUUUUGCAGCGGACAUUCAGGGAAAUUAUGUUCCUCCAGGUAAAGGAUGUUAUAAAUUCUCUACAUUAAGUCAUGACUUAAAAGCUCACAGCUGCAGCCUCACUGUUUGUAUGUGUUUCCACUAUAUUAAACCUUGAUUUAAUAUCUAUUUGAAUACAAUAAAUACACAACAUAUUAGAUAACACUGAGACACAUAGAAACAUGCUCACAAAACAACAGGAGAAAUUCCUGUUAUUACUUUUUUAAGGUAAUUUUAAGGUAUAUUUAUUUUAAUGACUGAUGCACUCAUACAACUGAAGUAGAAGCACUUUAACUUUAUUGGACUUUCUAGAGUUAAAGUUUCCAGAGAUAAUUUUACAGUUUAGUUCACCGGACAAAUCAAUCAGAAAUAGAUAUUCCAAAGCCUUAAGUGGACCACUACAAUCAGGGUAAAUAAUUAGAAAUAAUGUCUAUUAUGGUAAAAGAUGACGAUGGAGAUAUUUUCUUACAUUUUUAAAAAUUGAAUCUUUGAGAUCAUUUGGUUUGCAGACUUCUAUCAAAAGCAACAAACUGAGUCACUGUGCCUCAUCCAUCGUGCCAAUUAUUCCUGAUUCACUCUCCAUCUGCUGACCUACAUCGUCGUGUCCUUCAGUUGUCCUAAUCAGCCGCUCUCAUCCCCCCAGUGAAACUCCACAGAUCAUCGGGUUUAAAGGCAGCGUUACGCAACCUGUGUUGAAAUUUUCCCCCUUAUCUACGAAACACCUGCCUGUUACUGGAGGUCAAAUAAUGGUCAGAGGCGGAUUUCUGAGAUUUUAUGUGUGUCAUUUUUGUGGUUUCAAGUUCCUGUUCUCUGUUUUGCAGGAGUUUGGAGAUCACCCCAACAUUGUCAAACUUCUGGAUGUCGUCAGGGCGCAAAAUGAUAAAGACAUUUACCUCGUCUUUGAAUAUAUGGGUGAGUGCUGGAAUUAUCUCAUAGUCACAAACAUCCCUGCUACAAAAAUCGAUUUCAACUCAUAAAGUAAGGAAAGAAGAAAAGCUGGAGUUGCUUUUUUGUUGGUUUGCUUGGCACUGAAAGGCCUCUGUAUAUGUGAGUGCGUGUCUGCCUCUCGCCUGACUGCACAGUCUUAGUGCUGAGUCUACAGAUUGGCCUCUCAUCAGCAGUCUAAACCAUGACUUUACAGCAGCAUCCUUGUGUAGACCUCAGUGUUUCUUUGUUGUCAUAUUCGAAAAAGUUGAAACAAUCUUGUUUAUGAUUACAAAGCUGCAUGUUUUAAACUUUCAAGUGGCAAAGUCAUAGAUAAAGAUGGAUUUUACUGUGACUGUAAUUGUUUGCUCUCUGUUUUGUACCAGAUACUGACCUGCAUGCAGUGAUCAAGAAAGGCAGCCUACUGAAGGACAUCCACAAACGUUACGUCAUGUAUCAGCUCCUCAAAGCCAUUAAAUACCUGCAUUCAGGAAACGUCAUCCACAGGGACCAAAAGGUACAUCAGAGGGAGAAUUUUACCUAUCACACUUUUGUCCUGCUGAAAAUCUGUUCACCACUGUUCUUGUGAUGAAUGUUUUCUUGUACCUGUUUCCCACAGCCUUCCAAUGUACUGCUCGACACUGACUGUAUAGUCAAGCUGUGUGAUUUCGGUUUGGCCAGAUCGCUCAACCAGAUCCUGGAGGACAGCGGGAAUCCAGCGCUGACAGAAUAUGUGGCGACACGGUGGUACAGAGCUCCUGAGAUCCUGCUGGGGUCUGCAAGGUAAAAGCAGUGACAUGCAUCUGCUGUCAGUGUCAGAGGGGUAGUUUAGAUAGGAAUCAUUUCUUUUUACUCACAGUAGCAGACUGUAAAAGGAACUUACCUCGUCUAAAGGUACACUAAAGGUGUGGACAUGUGGAGCCUUGGCUGUAUCCUGGGAGAGAUGCUGCUGGGAAAAGCCCUGUUCCCUGGGACGUCCACCAUCAACCAAAUAGAGAAGAUCAUGAGUGCCAUACCACAUCCCAGCCCAGAGGGUGAUCUAUUUAAGUCUACAAAGCAUGAAAAAAAUAUUUUAGUUAUGGAACUUUUCUAGUGUCUACAAAUUAAUUAAAUGUUUUUUAACCUACAGAUAUCCUCGCAAUCAAAUCGGAAUAUGGAGCCUCUGUUAUUCAGAGGAUGUUACUGAAGUAAGAUGAGCUUCUUUUUAUAAAUAUUUACAUUGUGAAAACACUUUUUGCCCAAAUAACAUGUUGAUGGUUGAAAGGUUCAAAUUUUAUUUGUACACAUGAAAAUAAUAACUAGUGGUUUCUUUUGUACUCACAUUUACUUGAAAAAACUGUGUGUGCACCGUUGACAAAUUUUGACCCUCUGGGACCUCGAGUAUCAAAGCUCACAGUCAAUGUGUUGUAUUGAUGAGAAAAACAACUGAUAUUGAUUUAAAAAAAGAUAUUUCUGGUUCUCCAGCAACUAUUUUUGUUACGUUGUGUACACUGAUUUUCCUCUACCAGACCACAGGUGCCUUUGGAGGAUCUUCUGCAACCAUCUGUGCCUCCCGAUGCCCUAGACCUGUUGAAAGGUUUACUGGUUUUCAAUCCAGACAAGCGGCUGACUGCUGAGCAAGCCCUCCAACACCCAUAUGUGGCCAGGUAUUUAGACCAAGUAUGACUCACAUCAGAAGUACUGGAAGAGUUUUAAACGUUUUUUGAACUUGAUUUAGAUAAACAGUAAGAAUCUGUCAUUUUUCCAUGCAUAUUAAGAAAAUCAUCACUGUUAUCUGACAUAAAAUAAGAUUUUUAUAAUAUUUCUUUAACUAAGCACUUUGUAACUUGUUUUUGGAUAAAACUAUUAUCAUGUCUUUGUCCCUAAAGGUUUCAUAAUCCAGCCAAAGAGCCAGCUCUCAACUAUGAUGUAGUGCUGCCUGUGGAUGAUGAUGUGCAACUAUCUGUGGUUCAGUACCGCAACAAACUUUAUGAGGUACUAAACUACAGAUCAUUCAUCUUGAAUUUAAUUUUAGUAUUUUAUAGUAUUUUUAGUUUAAUAAAUAAAAGUUCAUUGCUAAAUUUUUAUUCAUGUGGUGUAGUCACACCAAUAAAACCCAAUUUCUCCUCUUAAUCUGCAGAUGAUGCUAGAGAAAAGAACCAGUCAGAGCAUGCUGAGGCUGAUCCAGUCUAAGGAUGAAGGAUGUGUCAGUAAUGGGGAGAAGCCCGGUAUGAAGGAUAAAGAAGAGAAGCGUCCAGAGGCGGCAAAUGGCAACAGAGAUACAGAUGAAAAGACUGCUGAGACGAACCACUUGCAUCCACAAAUAGGAGCCACCAAACCCGGACCUGUGAAUGCGUUAAUCCUGCCUGCUGUGGAGAAGACGAGUCCUUUAGCCAGCCCUGGAUUGGGAAAGCUUACAUAUAACCCCAUCACACAUGCCUCAAGUAUGUCUGAAUUUGUAUGUGUUGGCAACACACCAGGAUUGGUAUCAAUAUUCCGUUAGUCUUGACCAUAUACUUUAGAAAGGAAAAAACCCUCGCCCUUUAAACGCAUCGCUAUUCGGAUUCUUUGCUGUGGGAGUGUACUAAAGGCUGUUUCUGCAGCAUGCUCUGAAUCGUUUUAAACAUUAAUCAAAACAAAAUCAAACUUGCUCAUUUGCUUUUUUAGCUCAGAAAGAAGAGUCAUAGUAACUACAGUAAAUAAAUAAAGUCUCAUUGCUUCUUACAGAUGGUUUUGUUCGUAGCCCAGUUGGUCCUCCACAUCACCACCACCACCACCCAUCUGCAGUCAACAGAAGAGUUGCUGAACAGAGCAGUAAUGCAACCACAUCACCAACAGAGGGCACCAACAAUAAUGUAGUGAGCAGCAAACAUCUGUACAGUUUGAAUCUGUUCUUCUUUCUCUGUUUUUGUUGAAGCCCUUUUUUAUUUUUGGACUGUUGUAUUCCUUGUCUUCUAUGGCUCAUCAUGUAUUCUAUGUGUCUCUAGUCCAUGGACCAGAUUCUCCAGCGAGGUCGGUCAGCCCCUGUGGCUCACAAUCGAUCCUUCUCCUUGACCCUAAACCAAACCCAGAACAACCCUCUGGUUCGCAAGGAUGAGCCGUGCCUGUCAUCUGGGCUUUCAGUUACACCUACUCGCCUGGUCAGUUUUCUAAAUUAGAAUUUAGGUAUACAAUCCAGUAUAUGCUUGAUUCAUUAUUUUUAAAAACAAAGAAUCCAUAAAAAUAAUGAAAACUUCAUAGCUUGGUGACCUUACUAAGAUGCAGAAGAAUGGUGUAAUUUCUGAAUUCCUCUUUCCUUCCAUACAGAACCAGCGUUCAAACUCCCAGACACGUGAGGCUCGGCCACCACCCCGGUUCAGCAAGAAAGUAUUUCAGAAUAACUGCAACGUAGCAGCUGCAGGUGAUGCUCGAGCAAAACUGGGCAGCUACUCUCAGGCCUACGGUACCAUCAACAAGACUGACCUGGACAAUCUGCUUCAAAGUCGCCCUUACAAGUGACUGCUGCUGUCAUGUCAGGGAUUGCAUCAGUCUUGGGGGGCACUAGUGUUUGAACAUUCAACCAAGUUUGCCUUGCAGGAGGAUGUUACAUACAUGGCAAAUAGGAAGAGGCCUUUUACACUUGUUGCCUAAUGCGUGUGAUAAACUUGUAAAAAGCAUAAUUUAAGUGUACCAGCAAAUUAUCAAAAGAUCAACUUUCAAAGUUAAACAAUGUAGCAUGUGAUCUACGGGCUAGAUGGUUUAUGAACUGGAAGCCGGUGGAUUUUAGAAUGACUGUAAAAUAUGCAAAUAACUGUUUAAAUUGAUGAUAUGCAACUGUGAGCUACUUUUCAUGUGACUACAAGCAGCAAUAAUCCUUUUUGUUUCUUCCAAUGUGAAAAGGCAGGAAAAGAGGAGUAUUUUAUUGAAUGUGUAACAGCAAAGCUGAAUGUGGCAGCAGUUGACCCCGAAGUUUAAGAAUAAACAUUGUUGAAAAUGCCCAAAUCCUUUAUUUUUUAAAGGAUGCAAUAUUGUAACUACCUCAAUAAAAAGCUGUAUUGUUUUGUGCAAAAAA